AUGCUAUUCCUGGCUAUAUUCCAAUUCUUCCUAUUGACGAUUGUUUGCGCCCAGAAUGGACCGAUAUUUGAUGGAAAAAGAAGCAAUCCCACCCAAAAAGAUCUUCCCUUCCUGAAGAAAGCCUCCGAACAAACGAGGAAAGACGUUUUUCAGGUGCUUGGCGAUAGCCAACUCCCGAUCGAGGAAAAGGAGGACAUCAUUGCCGACAUUGUCGCCAAGGACACCGACCAGGUCAAGUCGAGGAGCCGUAUGAGCGAGCAAGCCGCAAAUGCCGAUCAGUACAUUGAAGGGAUUGUAAAGAAUGACGAGCUGAACCCGAUGCAAAAACAGCGGAUGAUCGGUGAUCUGCUUGGCGGUCUCUCCGAUCGUGUCAGGAAUGAGCUGUACAAGGCUAGAGCCGGGCUGAAGAAGCUUGUUCGUCGAGCAUUGAAAGGAUUCCGUCGCAACAAGGGCCAAAACAACAGCGAGGACAUCGGGGUUGAGGUAAAACCGAUCAGCUUUUCCGAAGAUGGUGGUAUGCUCCAGUUA